CACAAAGCGGAGCUGCUCCAGAAGUUCGGAAACAGUGAAGAAGAUGAGCAAACACAUGUACACGACGGCCAAUCUUUCGGACGUUGAGCUAAAGGAUCAAGGCAAUCGGUUGUUCUCCGCACGCAAAUAUGACGAUGCCGUCAAUCUGUACACAAAAGCAAUCAUUAAAAACUCCACGAAUGCCACAUACUUUACGAACCGCGCGCUGUGCCAUAUUAAGAUGAAGCGCUGGGAGACGGCGUGCAGUGACUGUCGGCGUGCGCUCGACAUGGAUCCUAACCUCGUAAAGGGACACUUUUUCCUCGGCCUCAGCCUGAUGGAGCUCGAGUCGUUCGACGAAGCGAUAAAGCAUCUUCAGCGGGCACACGAUCUGGCAAAGGAGCAAAAGCUAAACUUUGGCGAUGACAUCGCGUCGCAGCUUCGGCUCGCGCGCAAAAAGCGUUGGAACAUCCAGGAAGAGAAGCGAAUAUGCCAGGAAAUAGAGCUGCAAACUUAUCUGAACAGGCUCAUUACGGAGGAUGUGGAGAAUCGUUUGGCCAAACUGAAGCUAGACGACACAAUCAACGAGGAAACGGUGAAAGAGAAGGCCAGCGAGAUCGAACGGGAAGGCGAAAACCAUAUGACUGAGUUGAACAACAUGUUUGCUAAAGUGGAUGAUAGAAGAAGGAAACGUGAAGUACCUGAUUACCUGUGCGGUAAGAUUAGCUUCGAGCUGCUAGUCGACCCUGUGAUCACGCCGUCCGGCAUGACGUACGAACGAAAAGACAUCGAGGAGCACCUGCAACGUGUUGGCCAUUUCGAUCCGGUGACGCGCGUCAAGCUCACGCAGGAUCAGCUGAUAUCGAAUUACUCCAUGAAGGAGGUUGUCGACGCGUUUCUGCAAGAUAACGAGUGGGCUCUGGACUAUUAAACGUACCGGGUGUAAGAGUGACCAAUGCUCAUCUCCGUCGAUUGGUAGGCAAAAACACCUUUUAGAUAGUUGUGAUCUGUGUUUGUCUUGA